CUUUACAACUUUAUGUGCAAUUAAUAUAUUUUUUUGUUUAACUGACAUUUCCCUUUAUAUGCAGCAUAUAGAUGCAGCAAUGCAUAUGCUGAGGAGGCGAUGCACCGACUAUCCACUCACAUUUCCUCAGAAGGGUAUCAUUCUCUCCACAUUCGUGACCGCCAUGAUCAGCAGUGCAUGGACGAGCCACAAGGGUCCGAGGAAAAACUUUAAAUGGGAGGAUUAUAUCCUGGACUACUGCACAGGGGCUCAUAAGUCCCAAGUCUUUGAGAGAUGGAGGGGUAACGAGUUUAUUUACUUCGUUCUGAACCUUCCCACGGCAAGGCACUGGGUCACAGUUGAAGUCGACAUAGAGCUGUGGAAAAUUAAUGUCUACGACUGUGAUUCCAGCGUCUGUCAUUGGACCGCCUUGGAACCCAUCCUGAAGGUUUGGGCAGAACUGCUGCCCUCGCUAAUCCUUGCAACUGGGGAAUUUCCACAUAACAACCAGAUCAUGGCGUUAGCUAACUGUGACAUCACGGUGCUUCCAAAAAUGCACGCGACUCGAGCCACUCACGACUUAGUUCUGAAGUCAGCAACCAGUGGUGAUUGUGGCGUGUAUUGCAUUGAGUAUGUGGAGCAUCUCAUGAUGCAGCGUGGAUUGACCGAUGUGACGCCAGACCGGAUAGCCAUGUUUCGUCAACGGUGGUGUGUCGAUUUAUUUUACCAAAAUGUCGGCUGAUUAUAUGUGUAAUUAUUGGGACAUUGUAUAUUUUGUGUAAUUAU